AUGGGUUUCAUCUCCUCCACCAAAAAGUUCAAAACACACACAAUUCAGAGACUUUGCGAUUCCUCUCUCUCUCUCUCUCUGAACAUUCAGAUCUUUUUCUUGAAGAAGGAAGCUCAUGGCUCGUACGAAGCAAACCGCGAGAAAAUCACAUGGAGGAAGCAGCUCGCCACCAAGGCGGCGAGGAAAUCUGCGCCGACCACCGGUGGAGUCAAGAAGCCUCACCGUUACCGUCCUGGAACCGUCGCUCUUCGUGAGAUUCGUAAGUACCAGAAGAGCACAGAGUUGUUGAUCCGUAAACUUCCGUUUCAGCGUCUUACAGAUCUGAGAUUCCAGAGUCACGCUGUGUUAGCACUUCAAGAAGCUGCGGAGGCGUAUUUGGUGGGUUUGUUUGAAGACACCAAUCUUUGUGCCAUUCACGCCAAGAGGGUUACGAUUAUGCCUAAGGACAUUCAGCUCGCAAGAAGGAUUCGUGGGGAGCGUGCUUAG